AUGCCAGAUACAAAAUAUAGAGUCAUGGCAAUAAAUCUUCUGCUUCUUCUUCUUUCUGGAACCGUUGUAAUUGUUAGCUGUGUGUCUAUAAGAACAGAAGCUACAAUAUUGUUAACCAAUAAUGAUAUAACUAAGUCUCUCAAUCGGAGUAGUUUUCCAGAAAGUUUUAUUUUUGGAACAGCUUCAUCAGCUUACCAGGUUGAAGGUGCAGCAAAUGUCGGUGGAAGAGGACCAAGUAUAUGGGAUACUUUCACACAUAAUAAUCCAGAAAUGAUAAAUGACAGAAGUAAUGGAGACGUAGCCAUCGAUGAAUAUCAUAUCUAUAAGGAAGAUGUUGAGAUCAUGAAAGACUUGAAUAUGGAUGCUUAUAGAUUCUCCAUCUCUUGGUCCAGAAUAUUACCAAAAGGAAAACUUGGCGGGGGUGUAAACAAAGAAGGAAUAAAGUAUUACAACAACCUUAUCAAUGAGUUGUUAAUAAAAGGACUUCAACCCUUUGUAACCCUUUUUCAUUGGGACCUUCCUCAAGCACUUGAAGAUGAAUAUGGUGGCUUUCUAAGCUCAAAUAUAGUGAAUGAUUAUCGAGAUUAUGCAGAGCUUUGCUUUAAAUUAUUUGGAGAUAGAGUAAAGCAUUGGAUCACAUUGAAUGAACCGUGGAGCUUUGCCUUACAUGGUUAUGCUGAUGGAACGUUUGCACCUGGACGAUGUUCACAUUGGCAAAACCCUAAUUGCACUGGUGGAGACUCUGCCACUGAACCUUAUAUAGUGGCUCAUAAUCAAUUACUUGCUCAUGCAUCUGCUUCCAAUGUCUACAAAACUCAGUAUCAGGCAUCUCAAAAAGGGAAAAUAGGGAUAACACUAGUGUCUUAUUGGAUAAUGGCACUCAAUGAUACUGAACUAGAUCAUGAUGCUGCACAAAGAGCCAUUGAUUUUAUGUUCGGAUGGUUUAUGGAUCCGCUGAUAGUAGGAGACUAUCCAAGCUCCAUGCGGUCCUUGGUAGGGAGUCGGUUACCAAAGUUCUCAGCAUAUCAAGUAAAUCUCGUAAGAGGAUCUUUUGAUUUUAUUGGGUUAAACUAUUAUACUUCAUACUAUGCAACUAAUGCCCCUGAGCUAAGUAAAGGAAAGCCCAAUUACAUCACUGAUCAACUUUCAAUUCUUACAAAGGAGCGCAACGGAAUACCUAUUGGUCCACCUGCUGCUUCAUCUUGGCUGUCAAUUUAUCCAAAUGGACUUCGUGAAUUGUUACUCUAUAUUAAAAAAAAGUACAACAAUCCUUCUAUUUACAUCACUGAAAAUGGUAUGGAUGAUUUGGAUGAUCCAACGAUCUCUCUUGAGAAAGCCCUUGAAGAUACAAUGAGAAUUAAUUAUUAUUAUGAUCAUCUCUAUUAUCUUCACACUGCAAUAAGGGAUGGCGUCAACGUGAAAGGAUAUUUUGCUUGGUCAUUGUUCGACAAUUUUGAAUGGAGUUCAGGCUACACCUUGAGAUUUGGAGUUUACUUUGUAGAUUACAAUAAUAACUUCAACCGAUAUCCAAAAAAGUCGGCCAUUUGGUUUAAGAGUUUUCUACAAUAUAAAGUAGUUACACAUAGUGAUUCAUGCUGA